CGUUUAACGACAGAAGUGACACAAGUGACAGAACAAUCAAGAUGGACGAAUAUAUUUGAAAAUAGGUAAUAGGUGUCAAAACAGAAAUUUUUAAAUGACAAACUAUAGAAAAAAUAUGUAUUGAAAUUCAGAUCCCGUAAUUUUUAUAGCAUUAUAAAUUAAGGUGCCGUUCGGCGAGGCCUACAAUACAAGAUAGAUAAACAAUAACUAAAACAUAUAGAAUCAUGUUUAAUCAAACUGAAGUAAAAAAAGAAGUUGGUGAGACAACUUGCAAGAGAGAAAUAGAUAAUGAAGUAGAUGACGUUCUACAGGAAACUUUAAAAACUGAAAUUAAGGAGGAACCUAUGGAUGAAAUUACAAAUGACACAUUUGAUUAUGUAGACAUUAAAACAUGCCCUAUAAAAACUGAAAUAGAACAGGAUGAUGGUUUCUCUUGUAAAGACAUGAAAACUGAUGCUAGUGGUAGAAGUAUUUUAAACCAACAUAUAACUUCCACUACCAAUGUGAAGACUGGAGGACAACCUUUUAUAUGUAUCAUUUGCAAGAAACCAUGGUCAACCAAUUAUCGUUUAGAUAUACACAUGCGGAUACACACUGGGGAAAAACCUUUUGCAUGUGAAAUUUGCACCAAACGAUUUUCAACAAACGGUCAUUUAAAAAUACAUCUGAAAGUUCAUACUGGUGAAAAACGAUUUAAAUGUGAAACUUGCAACAAACAGUUUUCAACAAAACAAAUUUUAAAAUCGCAUGUGAGGGUGCAUACUGGUGAAGACCCAUUUGAAUGUGAAAUUUGCAACAAACAGUAUUCAACACAGAGUAAUUUGAAAAUGCAUAUGAAAUUGCAUAUUGAUGAAAAACCGUUUGAAUGUGGAUUAUGCACCAAACAGUUUUCAAGGAAACACAAUUUAACAAAGCAUAUGAGAGUGCAUAUAAAGGGAGAGUGCACUGGUGAAAAACUAUUUGAAUGUGAAAGUUGUAACAAACAAUUUUCAACAAAGGAUAAUUUAAAAAGUCAUAUGAAAUUGCAUACUGGUGAAAAACCAUUUGAAUGUGAAAUUUGCACCAAACAAUUUUCAACAAAAAGUAGUUUAAAAGCACAUAUGAUGGUGCAUACCGGUGAAAAAUCAUUUGAAUGUAAAAUUUGCACCAAACAGAUGUCAACGAAAGAAGUUUUGAAAUUGCAUAUUAUGAGAGUGCAUACUGGUGAAAAACCAUUUGAAUGUGGAAUUUGCACCAAACAAUUUUCAACAAAAGGUAGUUUAACAGUACAUAUGACAGUGCAUACUGGUGAAAAACCAUUUAAAUGUGAAAUUUGCACCAGACAAUUUUCCACGAAAGAAGUUUUAAGAUCUCAUGUGAGAGUGCAUACUGGUGAAAAACCAUUCGAAUGCCAAAUUUGCGCUAUGAAAUUUUCAAGAAAGUGUUAUUUAACGAUACAUAUGCAAUCGCAUACUGGUGAAAAAAAAUUUUUUGAAUGUGAAAUUUGCACCAAGAAAUUUGCAAGAAAGAGGUAUUUAACAAUACAUAUGAAAAUGCAUACUGAUGAAAAACCAUUUGAAUGCGGAAUUUGCAUCAAGCAGUUUGUAACGAAACAAAUUCUACAACGACAUAUGGCAGUGCAUACAGGUGAAAAACCAUUUGAAUGUGAAAUUUGCACCAGACAAUUUUCCACGAAAAUAGUUUUAAGAUCUCAUGUGCGAGUGCAUACGGGUGAAAAACCAUUCGAAUGCAAAAUUUGCGCUAUGAAGUUUUCAAGAAAGAGUUAUUUAACAAUACAUAUGAUAUCGCAUACUGGUGAAAAACCAAUUUUUGAAUGUGAAAUUUGCACCAAAAAAUUUUCAAGAAAGAGUUAUUUAACAAUACAUAUGAAAAUCCAUACUGAUGAAAAACCAUUUGAAUGUGGAAUUUGCAACAAACAGUUUAUAGCGAAACAAGUUCUACAAAGGCAUAUGGCAGUACAUACAGGUGAAAAACCAUUUAGAUGUGAAAUUUGCACCAAGAAGUUUUCAACGAAAUACGUAUUAAAAUCGCAUAUGAGAGUGCAUACUGGUGAAAAACCAUAUUGAUGUGAAAUUUUCAACAUGUUUCAAUAAAACAAGUUUUAAAAUCGCAUAUGAGAGUGGAUACUAGUGAGAAAAACCAUUUGAAUGUGAAAUUUGCACCAAAAAGUUUUCAUUGAAACUGUAUUUAAUAUCGUAUAUGAGAGUGCAUAGUGAUCAAAAAUCGUUUGAAUGUGAAAAUUUCACCAAAUAGUUGUAACGUUAUAAACGUCACAUAUUUUCUAUGGUAUUUCAAGUAAUUAUUUUAUUAUAUUUUCUUUAAUAUUCAUUUGGUUGCACGCCUAUUUGUGUAGCAAAUAAAUCACGUUGGGUGCCUAUUCGUGAAACGAUAAACUACCACAGAGAAUUGAAAUAAUAUUGUAAUAGCUAUUUAUAUAACAAGGGAGGAAAGUGCUACUUUUCCUCCCGAGAAUGAAGUUUACUUAGUAAAGAUUAGUAAUCAUUCAAGGGAGGAAAAGGCGCUUUACUCCCAUGUUAUACAUACGGCUUUUCCACCUUCCUCAAAUAACAAGUCAUUUUUCUUAAUUUAUUGAUGUAACUAACCAACAAAAUUUAUUAGAACUAAAACUAACAAGUAGAUACAAUAUAACUGUCAACUGUCAAAUAUAAGUCAAAUUAUUAAUGUAAACAUUGUUAAAUGAAAAUAACAAUUUACUGUUUUUUACCAUUCUGCAAAAUACAGGGUGUUUUAUAAAUAGACGUUAAAAUGUAUAGAUACUUACGUAAUAGAAAAUAGAUAUUGUACAGGAAGUCAAUAAGUUAUGUUUCAUGAAUGCAAUACCAUGACGUCACUUUUACUUUUCCUCCCUAGGGAGGAAUAGUACAACUUUGCUCCCUACAAUGAAGUCCGGAAAAGUAUACUUUCGGUAGAGGUAGGUGGAAAAAGAAUAUUUCAAUGAUAGUUGUCGUUUAGUGGCUUUAACUCAGUCUCUCAGGUUGUGAGUCGCCUUGUCUUAAUCAAAAUAUAUAUGGACGUUGAAAAUUAUUUAGGUGGAAGCAAACAAUAAGUUAACUAAUUAGGUUUAUUUUCAUUAAAAAUAUAAUAAAAAUGUGAUGUAUUUGAUUCAAUAUUAUAUAUACAAAUUCUUGCUGAAA